AUGCUGAUGAAGUGCUGCUCCACCUGUCUCUUCAUCGUCAUCCUUAACUUCAUCUUCUGCCUUCCUCUGCUUGUGCGUCAAAGAAGGUAUGUUUAUGUCUCGCUUGAAAUGAACUGGACUUCGGCCCAAAAGUACUGCAGGAAGCAACGUAUCGACCUGGCCACUUUUAGAAAUCAGAAUGACUUUGAUGCACUACAGAGUAUUUGCAGUGAUCAGGAUCUCUGUUGGAUUGGUCUCUAUAGAGACCAAAGUAAUCAAAAUGACUGGGAUUGGUCUGAUGAAGAUCAAAGCAGCUAUAGAAAGUGGAGUCCCAUCAACAAUCAGCCUGAUAACGUUGAUGGAAAAGAGGAUUGUGGUACUACGGGAGGUUCAUCUUGGUAUGAUGAAUUCUGCGGUGACCAACGUGCAUUUGUGUGUUAUGAUAAUCUAAUCUUGGUGAAAGAGAACAAGACAUGGGAGGAGGCUCUGGAACACUGCAGGAAACUCAAUUCCAAUCCAGACGACCCAUCCUCAGGUCAUACCUACGAUCUUCCAGACAUGGACUUAAGAGGUAACAACUCAGAUGCCAGAAAAGCGAUCCAGGAUGCCCAGACACCAGAGGUAUGGGUAGGUCUACGUUUCCUGGCAGGAGAGUGGCUGUGGGUGAACAGGAAGCCUCUGCUGCACCCCCCGCCUGCCUGCCCUGCACCCAGGAUGAACUGUGGGACAAUAUCACAGACCGGGGAGAUUUUGCCACAAAGGGACUGUUUGGAGAGAAGGAAUUUUCUUUGCUUAGAAACAUAGAGUACAUAUGGUUCAGAUGGUGUAGAUGCAUGUUUUAUUAGUCAAUAUUUGAGCUAUUGUCUGGAUUUGUGCUUGUGUUGGAAGAGGAUUAAAUGUAGCAUUUGUAUUUACAUA